UUAAUGUUUACGCCAUGUUGUGUUUCCUUCCUGUUACAAAAAAAAAAAGGCAUUAACAUGUGAUAGUUUAACACCAAAUGUUCACAGCAAGGGAAACGGCUACAUCAAUCCUUUACUGCGCAGUGAAUCAUUACUGUUAUAGAAGCAUACUUAACCAUCCACUCUCGCAACAGUAUCCCGAUAAGCUACUGGUCAUUCACGGCACUUUUCGUAAAAACGAAAUGGUUCUGCUAAUAAAAAAUGUAUCCCUACAGAUGUUUUUCGUGUUCGUGUGUUGCAGGUGUGAUGAAACUUCCAACGGUAAGAAUUUUACUCUUUAUUAAAUGCGUGAAAAUUUUGCCCGAAAAUUUCAUUACGUCGGAUGAAAAAUAAUUUGUUAAUUAUUUCUUAUUUGGGUGACAUAAUCCCCUUUUUCAAUAUAAACAAAAGGCUAAUCCAAUGGAUCAGAACAUUUUACGAACACUAAGCUUUUUUUGGGGGUAUAUUGAAUAUAUCAAUUUUAAAUUAUUGUUUUUAAAUUUUACACAGCAUGAGGCAUAAUAUGUUAAUAAUGUUUAUCCAUGUAAUAGAAAUGAAUGAUGCACAGACUUCUGUGUUCGGUGUAACAACUAAACUUUAUUCUAGAUUAUACACCCUUUUGUAAACCUCUACAAUCAUGAUCACUCAUUCCAAUUUUCCAUGCAUUUAAGUUUAAAACAUUCAUAAAUCAAAACAACUGACAACGUCCAGUCAUUCCACAUAACAAUAACACAGGCCAAUCAGGUCACAAACUUCACUCACUACUCACAUUAAUAAUCGUCAGACAUGCUCUCACAAUACAUGUCUUUACUCCUGUAAAAAGAUAACAAUUCAUUUUAAAUAUUAAAAAAAAGGGUAUAGGGUAAAGGGUUAUAGUGUGAAAGACUAAAGAAGAACUUUUCUAAAGAAUGGAAUAGUAAUUUUGGAUCAGGCUGAUGGAUACUGAUGGUCCUUUCGGUGUGACAUAAGAGGAUUCUGGGGAGCGUAGUAUGCACGACCAGUUUCCUUGAUAAACAUCAAUUUUAGUGUCUCUAAUGUGAACAAUAAUGUACAGGUUUUCAAACGCAUGGCACAGAAGACUUUGACAAAAAAAUUUCAGUGGCUAAAAAUAGAAUUUUGGGGGUGGGGAUCAGACACAUCUGUGGUACUAAGACUUUUUCUCAUACACAACAACCAGUGUAAGUGUAAGUGUUUGACCUGCAUCCUGGUGUUAAAAAAAUUAGGAGGUUAUCAGAUUGAUUGGAUAACGAAAUUUUAGACAGAACUUUCUGCGUGAGCGGACGUAAGCAAUGGAGAGAACUUACCUGUAAUCAAUCGGAUGUAGGUCAUGGUAAGAACUGACCCAGUAAGCUGAUGUAUGUCAUGGCCAGAACUGUCAUGUAAGUAGAUGGGGGAAAACUAACAUGUAAGCAGAUGUUGUUCAUGGGAAGAACUAACAUGUAAGCAAAAUAAAGUCAUAGGAACAACUAACAUUUAAGCUAGGGUGACUAAAUUAUGAACUGGAAAAAACGGGACACACCCAAGGAGCGUUUGGGAGGGGAUACCAUCAAGGUAAAGAGGGGUCCGGAGACCUCCGCCCGCAUCUAUUUAUUGAAACAUGCUCUUUUUAACUGUUUUGAGACCAACAUUUUUUGUUUCAAAUUUACCUUGACUUCUCUUAUUUAAUUUAAAAGGAAAAUAAUAAUUUUGUAGUGAAUAUGGCAGGGACUCUGCCUUUUACGCAGCGUCGGCAGAAUGGCAGAGGGGGGAACAGUGCAGCAAUCCCGCGACCCCCAUAUCACUACUGGCAAUUUCUACAAAGAAAGACUAAAUAUUACUUGAAGUUAUAUUAUAAAUUAAUAAGUGUUAGUGAUUUAAAAAUGUGUUUGGUUUUAGAAACGGGACAUUUAGGCGUCCCGGAAGAUUUUUUCGGGACACCGGGUACGUUUUUAUGGGCCGUGCGGUCACCCUAAUGUAAGCAAAUGUAGGUCAUUGGUAGAACUUGCAUGUAAGCAAAUGUAGGUCAUGGGAGGACCUAAUAUGUAAGCAGAUGUAGGUCAUGGGAAUAACCAACAUGUGAGAAGAUGUAGUUCAAUGGAAUAUCGAACUCGUAAGAAUAUGUAGAUCAUGGAAAGAACUAACAUGUGAGCAUCUAUGAUUUUUUUACGAAGGCACUUUAUAUUUCUAUAUCUUUCAAAUGCAAUGUAUACUAUUGCUUAAAACAUAUACCACACGUUUUUCUCUCUAUCACCAUAAGGUUCACUCUCUGUUUGUGAGGAGUACAACAUCAUCACCCUGGAAGCUUCUCUACAGGAAACUUUCACCUACGGGAUUUGCAUAAAAGCUCGAGCACAUGCCCCUCAAGUAAAUUUAGUGACCGACACCAGGAAAGGUUAUCUUGUGGGCAACUCCACCAAAUACGCACUGCGCUACGCAAGAGAUCCCAAAGAGCUUGGACAAGACAGACUGACGCUUGAGAUAACCAACAUGACAGUCAACGACUUUGUCAAGUACAAGAUUGUAUCUGUCGUGGGCGGCAAAGAGGAUGUGAUCUUCAGAAUAAAUUUAGUGCAUAGUGGUAAAGCAUUUUAGUUAACAACACUUAAAAUUAACUGUUGAGCAAACAAAGAUUUCGUCCAAAGACUAACACACAUACAAUGCCCCGUAUGUCCUAGUUAUAUAAUUUGCUUUUUUGUCUUUACAAAGAUAAUAUGGUUUGCGUAAUGUACAAUUUCACUGGCUUCAAUGCUAAUUAAAGAUAACCCAAGAAAACCCCUUUUUUAGACUCUAUUGUCAUUAAAAAUAUUGAUGAACUAUUCUACUUCAACAACACAAAAAAUUUCUUGUAAGAAUAUUGAAGUAUCGGUAAAAAAAAAAGUAUUUCUAUUUGGCUUGUGCUGCAUGUUUUAAAUACUCCUGUAAGUAUAGCCACGGUUUUUUUUGUUUUCCUUUCUUUCUUUAAGUCGGUAUUUGAAACAUCCUUUUUGUAACGCGCUGAUGCACUGAGUCCACCAUUGAGUGUGUGUUGGUUAAUUCUCUGUCUGUGUCCAUAGGUUGUCCUGAACGCUGGUGCUCGGUUGAACAAGGAAGAUGCUUGCUGGUUAUCAAGAAAAACGCAUCCUGCGCGGAGGCGAGGAGCAUUUGCGGCAGUAACAACGGGACUCUGUAUGACGGCACGUUCAGCUACAGGUCACGGCAUUGUUCGAGUGAGCGGAAACACGCGGGGCGUCGGCUUCGAUAAGUGAAAACGGAAAUAAUGACAUGAACUGUUCUUCCAUUGUUUUUUUCGGUAGUGCGCGCAGAGCUCUUUAUAUGAUUAUAGGAAAUAAAAAAUAACUACUAUAAUCAGUUUGUCAAUGGCCGUUUAUUAUUAUAAUUUAUUUAUCUAUUUUCAAAAUAAGACCAUUACUUUAUAUAACACGCUAAAAGAUUUUUUUCCUUGGUUUUACAUUUCUUUAUUCAUUUUUAUAUUAACAUAUUAAGUCCCAUUAAUAUAUAGAGAGCAAUAUUAAUGAAAUACAAUUUAGGCCUCAGAAAUUUUUUUUUUAAUGAUUUUCAAUUUAGAGAAACAUUGAAACUACUUUCUAGUUAAAUAAACAAAGCUUAUAGUAUGUUGUUAGUUAUAAAUAUAAAAAAGAUAGAACGCAUCAAAACAACGAACGUGCAAGAAAAAAACUUGCACCAGCGAACAAACGACAGUAAAAAUAGAAUUGAGGAAAAAAAACAAUAAUUAUCUGUAAUGUAGCAUCCGAGAGGACAGCAAGAGGAAAGUUUUCAUAAUCCGUGUGGGUCAAGUAGUCCUUAAAUGUGGCCAGCCACUCAACUCAUAAGGUCGCUGUGUUUGCUUUAAAAGGUCGUACAGGCUGCCUCUUGUGAAAACCUGGUCAGUCAAUCCUUUCCCCGCCCGUCACGCCUAUGGAAAGUUUGUUUGUUGUUUGUUGUUUGUUUUCUGAUCUCGCCACAAACUAUCGGUGGUCGCCCUGGGCUAUGUCUACACAAAUUUAAUUUUUUUUUUUUUUUUUUUUUUAAGUAGCAGUUUAGACCUGGUCUUCCUGUAAUACGUUUAUAUUAACAUGGCCCAAUUUAAAAUGUUACACUGUGGCAUGGUCGCCCGGGGAUAUGUCUAUAGAAAUGUAAACAGUUUUUUUUUUUUAAUUAACACUUCAAACAUGAAGUAAAUCAGUAAGGUUCAGGAGAAAAAUGUUAAACUUCAUUUCAAAACUCAACGACAUGAAGUCGGGAGUCAGAAGUCAACGAAAAUAUUUUUUCCCCUUAACCACCCUCCCCUCUCCCCAAAAAACACAAUUCUUUGACAUACGAUACUCAUCUUUGUUAGUUCCGUGUGAUAAUUUCUUCAAAUAUAUUUUAUUUUAAAGCAAGACACAAGCUUUGGUUAUUUUUUUAAUUCAAAAAUAGCUAUUGUAUUUUUAAACUGUACUUAUCUCCUCUUCAAAAGGUAGUAAAGCUUUUGUCUCUUUCAGGAAUGAAAGACUUAAAGGCUCUUGGUGGAACAGAAUGCAGUGAAGGUAACAAUGGCUCUGAAACUAACAAGUACAGAGGCUCAACGGAGAACCGUGCUCAUGUAUCGCAUUUCGCAUGUUUUCGUGAUCUACGUAAGUUAAUGUACUUUGUAGAUAGAGCUCGUAAUGAGUACCAAAAUGUUCUGAGCACUGACGUGUUCUGAGCACUGACGUGUUCUGAGCACUGAAGUGUUCCGAGUGCUUGCGCGUUCUGAGCUCUGAGGUGUUCUUAGUACUGAAGAGAUCAUCCGAAGAAACAUAAAUAAUUUCAGUCCAACUCUAUUCACACUAAAUGUUUAUAUCCCCCCCCCUCUUCACUUGACAUACAGCAAUAGAAUGGCUACCUUACUUGGCUUUUCUAAUAUUUAAGUCAUUGAAAUAAUGUUGUUUAUCUUGUUGUUUAAACUUUGUAUCUCUAUUAAGAAAAACGUUUAAACUCAGUUAAUUUUCAUGUUUGUAUUAUCACAAGUAUUUGAGGAAUUAUAUAAUCUAUCAGUUAUUUUUUAUUUCAUUAUUAUUUUUCUUAAAUUUCUCUGUUUUUCUUUUAGUUUUUUUUUCCUUUAUUUUUUUGCCAAAGGGUCAUGAAAAAGAAGGUAAUAAAAAAUAAAUAACACACGAAUUUUUUUUUUUUUUUUUAGAUUUUCCGGAAAUUUUUUUUUUUUUUUUUUUUUUUUUUUUUUUUUUAUUUUUUUUACAAAGUGUAAUUAAAAAGAAGGUAAUAAAAAAUAAAUAACACUCGAAUUUUUUUUUUUUUUUUAGCAUUUCCAGCAACUCCAACCUACGACAACAAUCAUGUAUUCCGGGACAUCAAGUAUUUGUGGAUCGGAGUCGGUCUCAUGUUUCUGUCACUGAUGACAUUUCAGAUCGUCGCCCAUAGGAGACUCCGGUGGAAUCGUGCGGCUGAUGGUCUGGGUACAGUGGCAUUGUAGUUGAACGCUUUGUUUGAUCUUUAGGGGUUCUUGUUUUAUUGCCGGGUUGUGUUUUAAUUUUUGUUCCUUUCUGGUUUUAAAAAAAAAAAAAAAUUAUUUUAUGUUUGUCUGUUGAUGGGAAUGUUGAGCUUAAAGUAAUAUAUUUUUUUUUGAUGUAAUACUAAGUAUAUUUUGAAAACGUAUUCUAAAAGAGUAAAACGUGCAAGGGAAAGUAUCAUUGAAAACAGGAGAUAUUUUUACACAGGUUAAAAAAAAAAAAUCAGAGAACCAAAAACCAGGAAAAGCCCUUCCUUGUCGACUGCAAUACAAUAGUAUCACCUGAUGGUACAUUUGACGAACAGAUCUUUCAAACAUAUCUUGAGGCCUACUGUUUGAUACAGCAUCAGCCAAUGUUUAUCAAUAACGUACCGAUUACAACACUAGCAUAUUAUCUUUUCGAUGUAUUAAUUUUUUUUUUUAAAUAUCAGAAUCUUUCAACAUUUCAUUUUCUACCACCGGGAUCGAAAUCUAUAUGAAAGUAAUCGGCUCCGUGUACGACUUAUGAGUUUGCUCAUGACGUUGCUAUCUGUUUCUGUAGCUUCAAAAAAAAAAUUGAAAAGAAAAAAAAACGCAGAUAUUAACCAUAUUCGAUUUUUCUUACACUAUGUUCAUUAUCUAUUACCUUUUAUUUUCCAGCUAACAAAGGAAGAAUUCGUGGGAAGCUAGAGAGGUAAUAGGAUGAUUUAUUCAAUUAUUAUACGUGCAUGCUCAUGUUAAAGCUGUUUAAAUUAAAUUAAUGCCAUAUGUAAUUUUGCCCAAUAUUUUUAUUUGAAGCUCGGUGAGCUCAGCCAGAGCCUGGGGUACCGUGCUAUAUAAGACUACUGUAAUAAUACUAAUGAUAACAGUUACCUUUUCUAUUGAUUCUUGAAUUUUUAGCCAGUAAACUUUCGGCGAUAUUUAACAAUGCAUUUAUAGAAGUAGAAAUUAAAUCUACAUUAUAUAUUUAUAUAUAUAUAUAUAUAUAUAUAUAUAUAUAUAUAUAUAUAUAUAUAUACAUAAAUGUCAUUUAUACUUUUUAAAAUGUAUUGUUAUACUGAUAAAGGCUUUUGUCUAAAAGUUUGUGUAUUAUGUACAAUUAUUAUUAUAUCUGAAACAUAUUGUUUUCUUGACACAAAUAGUUCGUUUCCAAUUAAUCUACUUUAAAUGUCCUGUCCUUCUAUUUCAAACGUCCAUACACCUUGCCCUUCUAUUGAAUUUAAAUAAGUCACCCCAUAAGAACUUAAUUUGUUCUUGACAGCAUAUUCUACUGGGACUCCUCACUGGUUUCUCGCAGAGAAAGUAAGUAUAUAACACGAUAAAAUGCAUAUUGCAUAGAAUAAACAGAAAGCUGAUUAAAAUUUUCAUUGAAGUAAUCAUUGGUACCAUAUAUACCAUGUCAACUACAACUCAAUGCAGGGUAAAGGAAUAUUCAGCCAGAAUGAAAAUAUAUUUUUGUAAGAUUAAUUUAAUUUCCAGGAUAACCUAAGUAGUGCAGCCAGUAAGGAAUUACGGUAACGACCUCUUCUUGGACCAGAGUUAAUUUAGAUGAAGUGCAUUUUAAGUUGGAAAAAAAGAGGUCAUAUUUGUUGACAUAUGCUCGUUAUACCUAAAUGAAUACUUUCAAUACCAGGUUGACUUUGGUUUAAUAAUCAAUAUACAAGUGUACCGAUAGUGUAUAUUCAAUCAGUGUACACGGGUCUAACGUUAGUAGCUCUGGUGUUUACUGUAAUAAUGUACAGUUUUAGGAUUUGGCUUUAACUUUUAAAACACGUUUCUAUACAGGCAUAUUAUUUUAAACUUGAUAUUGAUUUUUGGAGACAAAUGUUAUUUUAAAAAUAUAGAUACAGGAGAAAGUGACUGCUAUAACUAUUUUUGGCUAUGUUUUUGAAAUAAAUACUUUAAUAUAUUUAAAUCCACCUUUCGUUAACAUGCAAACACAUGGUUUUUUUAACAUAAUAGUGAACUAUUCUAAACUGGACAUUUUUUUUCCCUGUAGUUUCUCAUGCAGCUGCAGGCGCUAAUGACAGUAUAGAACUGAUUGAUUGGAAAGAUCACAGCGAGGUCGUUGAAGAGGUACAGUCAUGUGAACAAGACACUUAUGAAAUCAUCAGCCACGGAUCAAAAGCUAGCUUCGAUGACGCAUGCCUAAGAACCAAUGAUGGAACGGGCCGGGGCAACCAUGUGAGCAACAUGCCAUUCGAGAGUGGGAUCUACGCUGUCAUCAGCGAACGCUUCACUUCGCAGAGAAGCUUGGACGUAUUGAUUUCCGACACACGCGAGAGAGAUGUCCCCGUUCGCGCACAGAGUGCGGAGACUGUAGACUGCAGAAAUCCUGACGUUCAGAUUGACGCUCUCAGAUUGAAAACUAUGAAUACACUUGACGUUCUAUGCAUUGAACCCCCUUUAAUCGAUCCUGGUGCAAGAAUUAAACCAAAAUUUCGCAAAUUUUCAAACUUCGCGGUGUCUGAUAAAAUAAGAGGCGAUGAGACCACACGAGACCCAAGCGCUGGCAACCGUUAUAUCAAAAAAUCGAAUAACGCAUCACAGUUUUCACAUUUUGGAGAUAUUAUGAAAGUUGACAAGGGAGAACUCAAACUGACUCAGUUGAGAAGCCAUGAAGAUUCUCAUGAUGGUUUCACUGCGGUCGUUCAGAGUGAUGACCGAACGUGCGCCUCGCGUGGUAGUGAUAUCAGCAGCAAUCUCCUGUCGGGUCACGAAGCUGCGAUCGAUGGUGCGGCCGAAGAGGUCUACAGCAAGCCGGAGAGCUUCAGCGAGAAUCAUGAUUACGGCAGUCUAACCGGCGACACGCUGGAAGCAAGACACGGAGAUUGCUUACAGAGAAACCAAAACGGCCCAUCGCGAUACGAAUCUGCAGGUCAGGCCGAGGAGUGUGUUAAUGUGGGUGUUGACCUUCCACUCAAUGACCGUUGUGACGCUGCCAGCGCCGAUACAUUGACUUCUGACUUCGUGAUGUCUGUCCCAGUGGAGGGAAAGUGCGUCUUAUCUGAUGACGAACUAUCAGGUCAAGACAUAGACGCAGAUGCAGACAACGCAGAUGAUUACUGGGUACCGGACGGAUACGGUAAUCGGAUCUCGGCGCCGAAUUUUGAUGAAUUCAAUGAACAUUCUAUGAUGGCUGGAGAACAACAAGCGUGAACGGAUGUUAUGGGGGAAGUUAUGAGACGGUCACAAUCGGAGCUAGUUCAAACGUUUGAAAUGUAUCUCAAAGUAAAAUCAAAUAAUUUAUAAUUUAUAGUUAACAGACCUUCUCCACAUAUUAUUUUUCAAUUAAAACAUCUAUUUAACAGGCGAAUCGGAUUUUUUUUUUUGGCUAUAAUGAUCUGUUCUAAAGAAAACAAAUAUUUUAUUCACAGUAUUAAUAUUUAAAUUUUAAUCGCGUAUUUCACAACUGUUACCAUCAUGAAUUUUCUUUUCUGUUUUUAUUAAUAUUAAUUAAUGGGUUUUCAAGCGCUUCUUUUUAAUAUUAGAUAUAAUAUGUAUAUUGUUUUACCAGUAUUCUACCCAACACAUUUUCUUGAAUAAAACAGCUGUAUUUUGACAUGACAAUA